CAGACCGGACGCGGAGGUCGACAGGAGGGAUCCAGGAGAGGGGCCUGGACCUAAUACGACUAUGGCAAUCGCCACGUUAGUGAGCUUGAGCGAAAGGCGUGGCCCAAAAACCAAGCGGCGAAACUCCGCGUCGACAAAUACAAGUACCAGCACUAGAAGGUCUGGGUCGAAAACGAAGAACACCAAAUCUGAACUACCACCUCCGCCC